GGGGCCGCGGACAGGUCGCGGUGAGCGCGGCGCCCCCGCCCGACGGGUCCCGCCGCCCGCAGCACCGGCCGCGCCGGGAGGAGACGCUGCCGCCGCCGACCCGCGGCGCGUCCCUCUUCUUCCUGUGCCGGCGGCGGCGGGGCGACGGCUGCUCCCUCUUCCGUCAGUCGCGGCGGCAGCAGCAGCAUGAGCGGCGGCGGUGCCGGCCGGAGCGCGGCGGCGAGGGCACGGCUGGCAGCGCGGUUGUUGGUGGUGCUCGGCUGCGUCCUGACAGCGGAGGCCCAGCUCACAGGAGUCCUAGAUGAUUGUUUAUGUGAYAUAGAAAGCAUCGAUGACUUCAAUACUUUCAAGAUCUUUCCCAAAAUACAGAAGUUGCAAGAACGUGAUUACUUCAGAUAUUACAAGGUCAACCUGAAGAGACCGUGCCCUUUUUGGGCUGACGAUGGCCAUUGUUCUAUCAAAGAUUGUCAUGUAGAGCCUUGUCCCGAGAGCAAAAUACCUGUUGGAAUAAAGGCUGGGAGCUCUAAUAAAUAUUCAAAAGCAGCAAAUAAUUCCAAAGAAUUGGAAGACUGUGAGCAAGCUAACAAGCUGGGAGCAGUUAAUAGUACCUUAAGUAACCAAAGUAAGGAGGCUUUCAUUGACUGGGCAAGAUACGAUGAUUCUCAGGAUCAUUUUUGUGAACUUGACGAUGAGAGAUCUCCAGAUGCACAAUAUGUGGAUUUGCUGCUGAAUCCAGAACGUUACACUGGAUACAAGGGGCCUUCUGCUUGGAGAGUAUGGAACAGCAUCUACGAAGAAAACUGCUUCAAGCCUCGAUCUGUCUAUCGUCCUUUAAAUCCACUGGCGCCUAGUAGGGGAGGAGAUGAUGGAGAAUCUUUCUACACGUGGCUAGAAGGUCUGUGCCUUGAGAAAAGAGUGUUUUAUAAACUCAUUUCUGGACUUCAUGCUAGCAUCAAUUUGCAUCUGUGUGCAAAUUAUCUUCUUGAAGAAACGUGGGGAAAGCCCCGCUGGGGACCAAAUGUGAAAGAGUUCACUCGCCGCUUUGACCCUGCUGAAACGAAAGGAGAAGGACCAAGGAGGCUCAAGAACUUGUAUUUCUUAUAUUUGAUAGAGCUGCGUGCUUUGUCAAAGGUUGCCCCAUACUUUGAGCGUGCAGUUGUCGACCUUUACACUGGCAAUGGCCAUGAGGAUGCUGAAUCUAAAGCUCUAUUGCUAGAUAUCUUCAGGGACACCAAAUCCUUCCAUAUGCACUUUGAUGAAAAGUCCAUGUUUGCUGGAGAUAAAAAAGGAGCCAAGUCACUAAAGGAAGAAUUCAGAUUGCAUUUCAAGAAUAUCUCUCGCAUAAUGGACUGYGUUGGAUGUGACAAAUGCAGGCUGUGGGGCAAGCUGCAGACUCAAGGCUUAGGAACUGCUCUGAAGAUCUUGUUUUCUGAGAAAGAAAUACAGAGCCUUCCUGAGAAUAGCCCAUCGAAAGGUUUUCAACUCACGCGGCAAGAAAUAGUUGCUCUUGUAAAUGCCUUCGGAAGGCUUUCCACGAGUAUAAAAGAGUUGCAGAAUUUUAAAGUUUUAUUACAGCAAACUAGGUAAUGAAGGUAUUUGCACAAUCCAUUAGCAAACAUCAUUGACAUGACUGCAUUGAGCAGAAGGAACUGAUCCUUACAGGACUCACAUGAACUGAUAAUAAGUAAAAUCAAAUACCAACUUGAAUAUUUAUGUUUGAACUAGGAAUGGUUAUUAAUUAGAAAAUAUAUUUAUGAAUGAAAUAUAUAGUUUUUAAAUGUGUAAAUUAUGCUGAUCUGUUUAUUUUUUAAGUUUUCUGCUCACRGUUCUAUUGUACUGAAACUUCAUAAAUUUUCUAAUUUCCUUGUCUUUCUGAGACAACUGUUUUAUAUAAAAACAUAUGUACCUCCACUCUGACUUGGCCUGUCCAGAGGGAAGGGGAGUCUSUUCUUUUCUCUCCCCAGUUACUGAGCUUCAGUAUAUUCAGAGGAUUUGGUAUGUUAGUUCUGACGGUCAAAAGGAAGGGGGAAAAACCCCCAACCAACAACAAACAGAUAAUAAUAAAAAAAAAACAACCAAAAAAAAAAGGAAAGCCCAAACAUACACCUAAAAACCCUACAAAAAGGAAAUAAGGCUCUUGCUGAGUUUUGGCUUUUUGCCAUAAUAACGAAAAUUACUUAAAAAUAGCAAAUUUACUGAGCAGAAAAUUUUUUCAUGCUGAGCUUUUUGCAUCAUGCUGAUACCAACAUUUUUUCCCCUUGUCUUGUGCUUUUUCAGUUUUUUUUUUCAUUACCUUGUCUCUGAUGCAGCAGAUUGAAAGUGACUUUUCUGCAGCCCCUUGCUUCAGCCCCUUACCUGCAUUUACUUGGGGGUAGGGGUCAGGACAGGGGGGAGAUGGUUAGUGSAGUGCUGCUAGCUGAAAAACGUCAGUCAAUCAAGUUUCCAUUUAUUCCAUAUUAUUUUCUAGAUUGUAAUCACAAGUUCAGUUUCCAAAAAUUGACUUUUUAAUGUCUAAAAUGGUAAAAUAGCACACUUUGGUCUUUGAGCCAUGGAAGUAAAUUUGCUCUUUAUGAGUUAUGUUUAAGUGCUAUGUUAAAAGGUCAGUGUAAAAAUAACUUGCUUUUGUAGUCACUUUUAAAAAAAGACGCUUUUUAAAAUUCAUAAUCAU